AUGAGUUCCAAUGAUCUAACUGGUUCUAUUCCAUUAGGCUUCUACAAUCUUUCGAGUGUUGAGAUUUUCGCAUUGGAUUUCAAUCGACUCCAUGGAAACAUACCUGUUGCUACACUUCCCAAGUUGAGGCGCCUUUAUUUGAAUUCUAAUAAUUUCAGUGGAGCGCUUCCAGCUUCGCUAUCUAACUCUUCCCUAAUUGAACGCAUACAAGUAACUGAUAACAGUUUCACUGGAAAUAUGAUACAUUUAACUAGGUUUUCAGCUCUUCAAUAUCUUUCAGUUGGAUAUAACCGUUUAAAUGGAGAUAUAGAUUCCAUUGGCAAUCUUUCUAAUCACUUGUCGUUCUUAAGUCUCAGAGAUAAUCUCAACGUCUUGACGGGUACUAUUCCAUCAGAAGUUGGGGCUUUGAGAAAUCUUGGGAUCAUGGACUUUUCCAACAAUAGAUUAUCUGGAACCAUUCCAACUUCUUUGGGCUGUUGUGUGACACUUAGCAGGCUUUAUUUGAUGAGAAAUUCUCUUCAGGGUGAGAUACCUGACGGUCUUAAUGCUCUGAAAGGUUUACAAUAUUUGGAUAUUUCCCAGAACAAUCUCUCAGGGAUGAUUCCACGAUUUCUUGUCGAAUUUCGCCUGUUGUAUCUCAACAUUUCUUUCAAUGAGUUGCAAGGUGAAGUCCCAACUCUUGGAGUUUUCCAGAAUGAAAGUGCAAUUUCACUUGAAGGAAACCAAGGCUUGUGUGGAGAAUCACAAGGGCCAGACUUUUUGAGGCUAUCUUAUGCAGACCUCAUUAGUGCAACCGAAGGAUUCUCGGAGACAAACCUACUUGGUAUAGGGAGAUUUGGAUUUGUAUACAAAGGAACUAUCAAUGCUGAUGAUGGGCGGACAGAUUUAGCGGUGAAGGUGCUUGAUCCUAGUGUAAGAGAUGCUUGUAAGAGUUUGGCAUCAGAAUGCAAUGCAUUGAGAGGCAUACGACACAGAAACUUGCUUAAGAUUGUGAGUGUAUGUGACAGCACUGAUUUUCAAGGGAAUGAUUUUAAGGCAUUGGUGUAUGAAUUUAUGGCCAACGGAAAUCUUGAUAAUUGGCUGCAUCCAGAGAAUGAAGGCAGGGGAGCUCUUAGUGCUAUUCAGAGACUGAAUAUUGCAAUUGAUAUUGCAUGUGCAGUUGAGUACUUGCAUUGUGGUACUGACUCCAUAGUUAUUCAUGGAGAUUUGAAGCCGAGUAACAUUCUCUUGGAUAAAGACAUGGUCACCAAAGUUGGUGAUUUUGGAUUAGCCAAAAUUGUGUCAAGUAUCUCACAAAACUUGACAUCCAUGGAAGGAAGCAGUUCAUUAGCAAUCAAGGGUACCAUAGGCUACAUUGCUCCAGAGUAUGGAAUGAGCUACGUUGCAUCAACUCAAGGGGAUGUAUACAGUUACGGAGUUCUUGUGCUUGAGAUGUUCACAAACAAAAGACCAACAAGUGAUGCAUUCGAAGGGUGUCUAAAUCUUCAAGGCUUCGUUAGCACGGCCUUAACAGACCAUGUUAUGGAAGUAGUGGAUCCAUUUCUUCAUCAAGAACUUCAUGUGGAUGAAAAAUAUUGGGAUUGCAUUGUUUCAAUUCUAAGGAUUGGAGUGAGAUGCUCGAAGGAGCUUCCAAGAGAUCGCAUGUCGAUGGCAGAUGUUGUUAAUGACUUGAAAAAAAUAAGAAAUGCUUUUCCAGUAUAUUGAAGCACCUUGCUUCGUGAUGUUCGUUUCUAUCUAUGCCAAUAUUUUUAACUGUAAAGGCAAUUUUGUUAUGUUCACACUCAUUUUCAUAUUCUUAUGUUAUAUCUCUUUUUUAUGAAUCA